ACACCAACAUUAUCCUCAUUCAAUUGGUGAAAGAACAAUCAUUAAAAAAAUCACUUGCAUUUGCUAAUUUCUCACAUUAAAAAAUAAUAUGAGCAUGAAGUGCAUCCAAUUUCACUCUUCAUUUCCUUCGAAUUCCAUGCAAAAACAACUAGUAAUCAAGAAACAAGCAUUGAUGUAUCCAUCUAGCCAACAAUUUACUAGCCCAAUUAAACAUGGCCAAAGAAUAUCAAUUAGAGCUAAUUAUGUUCUCACCAAUAUUCCUCUCAUUCUUGCUGAAUCUUCUCCUCAUCAGGGUGGUGAUAUAUCUGUCCUCCUCCCAACUGGUGGUGUGCUUCUGCUUGCUUAUGGGAUAGCUAAUUAUGUGGUACCGGCCUUCAUCAUCAAAUCCUAUGAUUCUGAUGAGGAAAGUAAAGACUCGCCACCUAAGAAAUGAUCCUAGUUUUACAUAACAAAACAGUUGCUUCAUUUCAUUUUAUUUUUUCAAUUAUUUAUUGUUCAGCUUUUACCGUUAGUCUUGUGAUACGAUCAAACAGCCUGCAAUAUCUCUUUCAAUAAUUUUAUUUUAAACCGUCUUGUUUUGAAA